AUGAGCCCCUUCUUUGUAAUGUCUCUCCUCUUUGGCCUGGCUUUUGGUCAAGCAGCGUCACUUUGUGCUACUUCUGAGUACAUAAUCCAUGUGGAAAGGGAAUGUGCCUACUGCCUGGCCAUCAACACCACCAUCUGCACUGCAUUUUGCAUGACUCAGGACAGCAAUGGCAAGAAGCUGCUACUCAAAAGUGCUCUGUCCCAGAAUGUGUGCACAUAUAAAGAGAUGUUGUAUCAAACAGCACUGAUUCCGGGCUGUCCUCAUCACACCAUCCCUUAUUAUUCCUACCCUGUGGCUGUGAGCUGCAAGUGUGGUAAAUGUAACACUGAUUAUAAUGACUGUGUGCAUAAGAAAGUCAGGACAAACUAUUGCAUUAAACCACAGAAGAUCUGUAACAUGUAA